UCUGUGUGGACACGCCCCCUCCCCUCCAGAGUCACGUGACGCGCUGCUGUCGUCAUCGCCGUUCCUCUACUAGGAUGUAUGAGCAGAGUUUUCGCUGCCAGUGUUAGCGCUGCUGCUGCUCUUGCUACAGCCAGCCGUUCCUCCAGCAUCUCUCCGGCCAGGAAUGAGAAGACAUGUCCGGGUCAUCCAACGAGGAGAAAUCGUGCCGCAGGUUCCUGGAGCAGUUCCUGGGGGAGUUCAGGGGACCGUUCGGAGAAGAGGACCCUAUCCCACUUCGUCCGCUGUCUGAUCAUAUCACUCCAGAGGAGGUGGAAGGGGAAUGCCUGGACCUGUGCCUGCAACAACUCUGCAAAUAUAAUUGCCCAUCUUUCCUGGCUGCUGGUGUGGCAAGGGCAACAGCUGAUGAGAUCUUGCAAACUGACCUAUCGGUAUACUAUGUACCAAAGCAUGUAGAUGGCACAGAGGGAAUCAUAC